CAGGUGACCGGCAGCCAGCCAAUGAGAGGCCGCAUUUUCAGAGCUUCACCCCGUGAUUCUGAAGAAUGUGAAUCUGGCUUCUCUUUCACUAAUCAUCUCAUUUGGAGACGUUUUAUAGCGACGACUUCAAUCAAAAACAAUACAUCGGAUGAAUGUGACCAGCGUGUUUCGAUAUGACUGACAGGUGAAUCAGUCGGUUCCGUUUUUCAGAAACAGGAAAUAUUUCGCUGCUUAAGGCUUAAGGGGUUGCAAACAUAUCGUACCCACAAAUGACUGAUGCCCCAUCAAAGACAUGCUGUAACUGGGACAUCACGGUGCAGGGGACGGUUUCACCAUGAAGGGCUCCAGCUCCAGAUUGGCCUUCUCCCUGGGCUUCUUGGUGGGGGCCUACAGCAUCUACUUCUUCCUGCGCCAGGUGUGGUUUGAGAGGAGCUACCCCGUGCUGUCAGAGGCUCAGGAAAAAGCCACAGCGGUGUCGGAGAUACCAACCAGCUGGAGGAAGGAGGGAGCUGCUCUCAUAAACCUGCUCCACCCUCACCAUGCAGAUGAAGACAGCCGGGUGGCAGAUGGGUUGUACCAGAAGGUACGUGUUCUCUGCUGGGUGAUGACGGGGCCGUAUAACCUGCAGAGCAGGGCCCGACAUGUCAGGGCCACCUGGAGUCGCCACUGCAACGUGGUGGUGUUCAUGAGCUCUGAGGAUGACCCAGACUUCCCCACUGUGGGCCUGGGCACUAAGGAGGGCCGUGACCAGCUCUACUGGAAGACCAUUCGAGCCUUCCAUUAUGUCUACGAGCACCAUGCGAGUGAAGCAGAUUGGUUCUUAAAAGCAGACGAUGACACCUAUGUGGUGGUGGACAACCUGCGCUGGAUUCUGUCCAACCACACCCCUGAAGAGCCCAUCUACUUCGGCAAACGCUUCAAGCCCUACACCAAGCAAGGCUACAUGAGUGGAGGGGCAGGCUACGUGCUUAGCAAAGAGGCCCUCAAGAGAUUUGUGGAAGGUUUUCGGACCAAAGUUUGCUCACACACCACACCUGUGGAGGACUUGGCGCUGGGGCAGUGUUUGGAGAAGAUGGGCGUUCUGGCCGGGGACUCCAGAGAUACUUUGCAUCGAGAAACUUUCCAUCCGUUUGUGCCAGAGCACCAUCUAACUGGCAAGUUCUCCAAGAGCUUCUGGUACUGGAGCUAUUGUUACUACCCAAUUGUUGAGGGUCCGCAGUGCUGCUCUGACCUGGCGGUAUCUUUCCAUUAUGUAGAAGCAGAGCUGAUGUACAUACUGGAGUACUACACUUAUCACCUGAGAGCGUACGGCUACAGGCCACGCUACCAGCCCUCCUUACGCCGGGGUCUGAGCCUCGGCCCACUCUUGCAGACAGCCGUGACGGCGGGACUUAAAGGGGUUCAGGAGGUGACAGAUGGAAGGAGUCACACAACUUCAGCCUUCUCUGUUAGUGGAAACCAUACUAAAGCAGAGAUGGAGCCAGAGAAAGAGGGGAAAGACGAUCUAAUCACCCGCAUCACUGAGAACAGGACUGCAGUCACUCAAGGCAGGCACCGCUGAUACUGUGUUUCAGAUGGGUUUGAUUCCCCUGCACAGUAUGUCGGCUAAUGUUUAGGUCUUCCUUGAUUCUAUCGCAGUAUAAUUCCUGCCAGUAUGACUCUGUCAGCACUCACAGUGAGAGUGGUUAAUAUUUGUAGCAGCUCUGUUUGACUUGGCUGUUUAUAACCAAGGUAAACUUUUGGUUUUAUUACGCUUGACAUAAUCAGCAUUUUAGUUCAUGAAUUUAAAAAUGUUACACAGUCACAGAUAUGUGCUUGGAGUGAUGCAGAAGGAGGCACAUAGAAUAUUAUUUUACUUUAACGAGUCUGAGCCGAUUCUUUUCGUUUUUAGAGCAGAGCAACACAUAGCAGUGUCUGUCACAAUUUAUAUAACGCAACAAAUAUUUAGCCUCUCUUUUUUUACAGCCUCUUUGCUUGUUUGUGUUUUUUAAAAUGUUUUGUUUGCAACAUGCAACAUUUGAUUUUAGAUUUUUUUUGCCUUUGUGUUGCAUUUGUUUAAUAGUUAAAGCAGACCCUAAGUCCACAGCCAGCAGUGUUUGUUUCAGUAAGGAAAGCAGCAACUGUGCUGUUAAAAAUAUAUUUUCUUUUUACCUUUUCAAGUGAUAUGACAUGCUAUGAUGUAGAAGUUUGUACUUGAACCCCCCCUGUACUUCUUAUUGAGAACAAUGUAGCUUCUGAUGGUCACAGCAUAAUACAAAACAACAAUGAAA